AUGGACAACUUUUACGGCAUUAGUCUCAACGGGCUCUGUCUAGACCGACUUAUCAUCCGAGAUUGCUCCUUUUCCAUGCAAGCUCUAUUUGGCCUUGUUCGCUGGUUCCGUUAUCUCCUCGCCUUUGAUUUGGCCUUUCCGUUUGAAUCAAUUUUAUCCGCUCGCGUCAAGGCUCUCGCCCAACUCCGGAAUUCAUUACCUCUCCCGACUCCAACGUCCACCCAAAAAAUCGUGGCCGAUAGCUCGGAGCCCGAGCCCACGUCUUGUUUAUCAGAAAAUACGACGUCCACCCUCUCACACACACCAGAUGAGCCGGGAAUCACGUUGGAGCUCUCGGACCAGGAAGAUCCAGCUUUAAAAUUCAGUCUACCAAACGGCCACACUGAGUUUACAAAAGAUCCCGUCUCCUCGCACAGUAUUGACUACACUGUUCGAGUUUCUAGCUCUUCUGCCAGCGGCAGCUUUGGUACUGCCAAUAUAGCUAAAAGGACCACCAACUCUGGCUGCCACGGUGGCUCUCUAGUCAGCUCCCGGGGGAGUUCUAUGCGCUCUCUACUGCCGCGAUGCCCUCGCCUCUUUUCCGGUGAGUCGUCUACUCAUAAGUUCUAUUUUUUGGCUUUAUUUGCACUAUAA